AUGGCUCUGCUCACUCCCGCCAUUCUUGGCCUCCGCCGCGAUGCCCGCAUCUUGAAGAUCCCGCCCUACCUGUCCGCUCUCUGCAUCAUUGUCGGCGUAAUCUGGCUGCUGCUGCUGCCAUUGAACGAGUACUCGCGCCAGACCUACAUUUCCGAGAACGCCCUGCUGCCCGGCCAGGUCCACACUUACUUCGGCGGCAGCGAGCACAACGUCUUUCGCGCAUUCAGGCACGAGGUCCAUGCUCUGACAGACUAUGAUGUUUACGAGCGGAGCCAGAAGCUGGAAGAGCUCCUGAAGUCCACCGGCCUGAAGACGGCUCGUCAGAAGUAUACCUACAAGACUCCGGGCAAGGAUGCCGUGGGUGAGAACGUCUACGGCGUGCUCCAGGGUCCCCGCGCCGAUGCCACCGAAGCCGUUGUGCUGGUUGCAUCCUGGAAGACGGUCAAUGGCGAAAUCAACACCAGUGGCGUUGCUCUGGCCCUCACUCUAGCACGCUAUUUCAAGAGGUGGUCGCUCUGGUCCAAGGACAUAAUAGUACUCAUCACCAGCGACCCUACUGCAGGCUCUCAAGCCUGGGUUGAUGCCUAUCACAAUGCCCACGACCCCAGAAAAGUCGAAGCUCUUCCUCUCAAGAGCGGAGCUCUUCAAGGAGCUGUUGCUGUUGAGUAUCCCGCUGGCCCUUGGGGUCAUCGCUUCGACAAGCUUCACGUGCUCUACGACGGUGUCAAUGGCCAGCUACCCAAUCUGGAUCUUUUCAACACUGCCGUUUCCAUUGCCAGCGGCCAGAUGGGAAUUGGCUGCACCCUGCAGCGCAUGUGGGAUCACAAUGAUAGCUAUGAAGAGCGACUCCAGACAAUGCUCCGCGGCAUGAUAAGCCAGGGUCUCGGCCAUGCCUCCGGGCCUCACAGCGCCUUCAUUCCUUACCAUGUCGACGCUCUGACGCUCCAAACCGUGGGGAGCGGAUGGCACGACGAAAUGUCUCUGGGCAGAACAAUGGAAAGCCUGUUCCGCAGCUUGAACAACCUUCUCGAGCACUUGCACCAGAGCUUCUUCUUCUACCUCCUGAUGCAGGCCAACCGCUUUGUCAGCAUUGGAACAUACCUUCCUAGUGCCAUGCUAAUCGCCGUCAAUUUCACCAUUACCGCAAUUGCCCUUUGGGUUCAGAGCGGCCGCCCUCCCAUCCCUGAUGAGAAGCCCGCCUCAACAGAGACCAAAGAUGAGAAGAAGCCAGACAUGACUGUUGUCAAGGAGGGAAGCGACAUCGCUGUCGUCCCAACUGCUAUCUUCAAGACCGUGGAACGCAACCUGCUCCUCCCCGUCGCCUUCGUCAGUGGUGUUCACUUCCUCGGUCUCAUCCCUCUGAACAUCUUUAACCACACCUCCGGCGACCACCUCGGCAAGGCCUUCAUCCUCGUCUCCCUUUUCACCCUCGCCGCCCCGCCGCUGACCUCCUUCCUCUUCACCCGCCAACUGCACCGCGCCCUCACGACGCAGGAGACGUAUCUCCUGCAAUGCUUCUCACUGCUCCUCCUCGGCAUGUUCUUCUCCGCCCUCGCCACCCUCAACUUCUCCCUCUCCUUCCUCGUCGGCCUCUGCGCCGCCCCGCUCACCUUCAUCCGCGCCCCUUCCCACACCGCCUCUCGCAACCGUAAGCUCGUGCUCGCGGGCGUGCAGUUCGCACUGCUCGUCUUGCUCAGCCCCGUGACGGUGGUGGGCGUCGCGAGCCAGGAGCUCGAGGGAAAGGGGCUGCUGAAGGGCGAUUGGGUCGGUCUGGAGGCUGUCAGGCAGGUCAUGGUGCAGGCAGCGUUCGGGUGGCACGUGUGGGGCUUGUGGACGCAGGUUGUCGUUUGGCUGGUGUGGUGGCCGGCUUGGUUUGUCGGCGCUGUCGUGGUUAGCGGUGGGUUCUUUUCUUGA